UUUUGACCUUCACUCGACCUCCACUCCAUUCACCCAUCCUCAUGAGCCUUGCAUGCCAGUAGUGACUUCCUGCUCCGUCUUUUUGAACUUGCCGGUCAGGAGCUCUGACCUCGAUCACUCGCCUUCUGAAUUUCUGGCUUUUAGUCCAUCCAGCAAACCGGCUGAACCCUGCGACCGUAACCAUUCUCUCCCACCACCACUACUGUCCACGAACAGAACGCAACGAAAACAUUUCUCGACCCCCUGGCCACCCGGCUCGCAGCCGCGCACAUACACAAAGCCACACGCAAAACAGCCGUUUCCCAUCACCGGCAUGUCUUCCCCACCACCCACGAAUCCGUUGAAACGGCCUUCCAUCUCCUCGACCACCUCGCAGCCGGCGGGCUUCAACCCCAAGCGGGCCCGCAUGCACCCUCUCCGCCAGACCUCUUUCCCCAACACGAUGGACAUGGAGACCUCGUCGCGCGCCUACAGUGACGCGGGCAGUGUGACGGGGAGCUUCACCGGCAGUCUGGGCGGUACCAGCGCGGAUGGGGUCUUUCUCACCAAGGGCAAGAAGCGCGGUCGCAAGAGCAAAGCAGAGAAGGAGCGUGAGCAACGCCUGGAGGAAGGCAGUCUACGUGCGGGGAUGAUGGAUCGGAUGGGAUCCGUGGAUGCUGAGGGCGCCUCGGUGAGAGCUGGGGGUGGUGGUGGAGGAGGUGCAGGAGGUGGUGCAGGGGGAGAUGAUGCGGAUGAGGAUGAUGAUUUCGAUGAUGAGGGAGAAUUACUUGGCAGGGAGGAGGGGACGACAGAUACAGAGGCGGAGAAGAAGAAUCUUGCACUACUCGUGGACGCGUUUAAUCCGUUGCAGUCGGAGCGAUACGAUUUGUUCAAACGUGCGAAACUACGAAAGGAAACGCUACGGAGAAUUGUCAAUCAUGCUCUGUCGCAAUCGGUGCCAGCUAGCGUGGUGACGACGAUUAACGGAUUUACCAAAGUGUUCGCGGGCGAGAUUAUCGAAAAGGCUCGAACAGUGCAGGCGGAAUGGGCCGAAGCCCAUGAUCAGGCGGCAGCAGCGUCGAGUUCGACGAACCAUUAUCCUGGAGUGGUCAAGCCACAAGGAAUGAUAGAUAGAGGAGGGCCACUGCUGACGACGCCUAGUGCCAAAGCCGAAAUGAAGUUGCCUCCAAAUCCGCAUCGGGGUCAGCUCCUUCCGGCCCAUCUGAGAGAAGCACUUCGGCGGUAUAAGCGAGAUGGGGAAGGAGGUGGCGUUGGAUUCUCCGGAUUGAGUAUGGGUAACCUGGGGGUGCGAGGGUCAGUGACUUGGGCUGCGGGUAGCGUCGGAGGUCGGCGCAUCUUUCGUUGACCAUGCCAAGAAGAAAACGAAACUAGAGACUGAGUCAUGAAGAGGAAUGGAUUUGGGGAGAGAGGGGGGGGAGGGUGGUUAAAGGAGAGCAAGAAUGAGAAUUGAGAAUUGAGAGAGAGGGUGGUGAAUGGAUGAAUGAGAAAGCGAGGGAGAGCAAGUGCCAAGAGAAAGACCCAUCCCUACAGUGGGUAAAGCCUUGGCUGUUGGGUUCCUGUCCGUGAGAUUUACUGUGACAGGUCUAUAAUGGCGAUGUUUUGCACUAAUAAUGCGUGAGUGUCUCCAGUAUAGUGAGGAACCGAGAAUGGAGAUCUGAUUGUCAUGGA